AUGCGCGCCACUGCUGCCUGCAUCGCGGCGCCACCGGAAGCCGCUGGCGCCGCUCCUACCGCCGCCUCGGCUGCACGCCUGCGUGCAGGACGGUACUCCGCAUACGAGCAGCUGCGCGGCCCCUACGACCGCGCCGCGCUGCAGCGAUUCUUCGCGCUGCGGCCGCUCGAGUUUGGCGGGCGGCUGGUUGAGUUCACGAGGGCUGCCAUCGCGAUCCGCGACUCUUGGCGCCGCGAGUCGGACGACACCCAGGCUCGCGGUGUCCGGCUGCGAGAGCAGCUGGCGGUGCUCGGGCCGGUGGCGGUCAAGCUCGGCCAGACCCUCUCGCAGCGGCCCGACAUCCUCGACGAGGAGAUCUGCGAGGAGCUCAAGCCGCUGCAGACCACAAACAAGCCGUUUGACGACGCCGAAGCGAUGCGGCUGCUGUCCGAAGAGCUGGAGUGGCGAGGGCCGAUCGCGCCGGGGGUGUGCGCGCCGGAGUGCGCCGAGCCCGACGGCGCGCCGCUCUUCGCCUCCAUCAGCGCCAGCCCCAUCGCCAGCGCCUCGCUCGGCCAAGUCUACAAGGCGACGCUGCACGACGGCUCCGAGGUGGCGGUGAAGGGCGGCGGGCGCACGCAGCGCACGCCGCCGUCGUCGGCAGUCGGCCUAGCAGGGAGAGCUCGGGCUGGCUGGGGCGACGCUGUGUGCCCAGUUGCGACCGACUUUGCGGUGCUAACGACGGUCCUCUACGGCAUCCAGUCGACGGGGUGGGGGAACGGCGACCUGGUCGAGAUCACCGACAUCGUCGCCGCCGGCGUGUUUGAAGAGAUGGACUACCGGAACGAGGCGGUCAACGCGCAGCGCUUCGAGCGCUCGCUCGACUUUUUGGGGUACGUCUCCGUCCCGGCGGCGGUGCCGAGCUUGCCGCCCACGCCGCGCGUGCUCGUCACCGAGUGGGUAGCAGGCCGGCUCGCCGAGAUGCGGAGCCGACACCUAAGCGACCUCUCUCGCGAGGAGGGGACGCGGAUGACAAACAUGGCGGUGGACGCCGUCACCGCCUCGCUCGUGCUGACUGGCUUCGUCCACGCCGACCCGCACGAAGGCAACAUCAUGCUGGGCGACGACGGGCGGCUCUACUUCCUCGACUUUGGGCUGAUGUCCGAGGUGCGCGCCGAGAUCAUGGAGGCGUUCGCGUACGGCAUCCAGUGCGUUCUCAACAAGGACUGGCGCGGACUUGUCACCGCGUUUGUCCAGACGGGCUUCGUGGGCACGGGGCCAUCGAGCGCCGCGCUGCCUGACCACAGCUCCCGGCUUGAGGCGCGGCUUCUGCGUUCCUGCAGGCACGCCCAUCGAGCCAUGGCGGCGGAGCUCGAGGAGCGUAUGGAGAGCGUGCCGGGAGGCACCUCGCGCUUCGGCGCGCUCUCUACGGUCCUCUUCGACAUGGGCAACCAGUGGCGCAUGUACACGCCGCCGUACAUCAUCCUGCUCAUCCGCACCUUCCUCACGCUCGAGGGCAUCGCCGGCCAAGUCGACCCAAACUUCAACAUCUACGAGGUGUCGCUACCGUGGGCGGUGCGGCGCGCGCUCAGCCCGUCGACGAGCGCGGGCGAGGAGGCGCUGCGUGGCGCGCUGCUCGCGUCGGACAACACGCUGCGCUGGGACCGCGUCAACGAGCUGAUCGAGCAGCAGCAGCUCGCAGCGCCGGCAGGCGAGCAGCAGGCCGUGGAGGCCGAGGGGGCGGCCGAGGGGGCGAGCGCGGCCGCGGCGGCGGAGGGGCCUGUCGGCGGCGCCGCCACGCCACCCGCCACGGCGGACCCGCUGGACGCCGUGCGCGUGCUGCUCGGCUCGCCGGGAGGGGCGACGCUGCGCCGCAUCGCGCGCGACCUCGACUCGACCGAGCUCCUCACGACUCUCACCACCUCGCGCAAGACGCGCCACCUCCGCCGCCUCGGCGUCCGCAUGCUCGCUGAGUCGCUCACGCAGCGCUUCGCCGCCGCCCUCUCGCCGCCGCCGAAGCACGAGCGGCCUCCACCCCUAGACGCCGAGCGGCCGCCGCCAGAGCAGCUGCCUGUCAGUCCGGCGAGCGAGGCGUUGCGGCGGCGCCGGGCCGAGCGGCUGGCGGGCGUGCGCCGGGUGCUCGUCGCGUCACACUUACAGCGGCAGGUGAGGGCGGGCUGGAGGGGCGCCGCGGCGAUCGGCGCCGUGGGUUUGCUCUUCUUCCGCGUCGCGGUGGUUGCGUUUUGCAAGGCGGCGGUGCGUACGCUGCCGGGCGCGGUCGGCGGGAUCAGGCGGGCGGUGUUACGCGGGUGA